AUGGGGCACAAGGGUCUGUGGCUGCAGGGUCUGCGGCUUGUCAUGGCAGCCUUGUUGUGUUCGGCGACGCUAUCAGAGCCCCCACGUGCUUGGAUCCACUGUCGGUAUACCUCCUCUGCUGAAUGCACUCCUGUUGUGAGUCUGUUGCUGGGCUUGCAGCGAAUGGGCCACCUCGAGCUCCGGGGCUUGGUGGACGACUCCACCGGCGGUGAUACUGCGCAUCCAGUGCGCCGCUUGCUUGCCACUCACAAUAUCCCAGUGAUUGUGGCUGCUUCUGCCUUGACUCAGAUCGAUGCUGAUCAUGACUUUCUGCUUGAGGUGGAUGCGCUAGCUGAAGACUUUGAAGCUAGUCUGACGGAAAGCACUAUCCAGGUGGCUCGCUAUCGCAGAGAGGACGACUACAAUGCCUUUGCCUCUCAGAUCCUCUACCCAGCCACCGAUGCAGCUGUAGCCGCGGACCUGGGACAAACCACCUUUUACGAGAUUUUGCACGGCUCGCCAGCCUUUUACGUACCUCGCCUCUUUGCCCCACAACCACCACCGCAGAUCGGGGUCGAAGGAGCGAGUGAUGCGCGCUGGUUCUGGCAGCCCAGCGACCCAUCCCGCAAACGUAUUGCCGUCUUUGAGCCCAACGACGGCGUUUUCCGCAACUCCAUCUUUCCGAUAUUGGUGAUUGAAGCCGUCUUCCGGGUUGAUCCGGAGAGCUUUGCCUCGGCCUAUAUUUGCAACACACAGAAACUGGCCGCCAACGAGCAGUAUCGUGCCAUGGUCUCAUUACGCAGCAAGGCUUACAGGGCUGGACGAAUGUCAUUUGAGCGAACCUACGACAUGGACUGGUUUUUGACGACCCAUACAGAUGUGGUGCUGAGUCACAACUGGGACGAUGCCGCGCGCUGGGACACGGAGCUAGCAGCGCUCCAGCGCCGCUUCCCGUUGGUGCAUAACAACCCUCACUUCCACGUCAGUGACGUCAAUCGCUGA